GUCACAUGACCUGGCCUCACCAGAUGCUGCUCUCCUAUUGGCUGCCGGCAUCAACGAACCUGAACACACCUGAGAGAUGUUAGGAGCUUCAGUCAGACGGAUCUCUCCUAGAACACAAGAAGAAGAAACAUUUCAGAGGACAGAAGAAGAAGAAGAUGGGUCAGGGUCGCUCCUCCUACUGUCCUCAGGUGAUCCUCAUGGGCCUGGACUCUGCUGGGAAGUCCACUCUGCUGGCCAGACUGCUGACUGGACAGGUGAUGGAGACGUCCCCGACUGUCGGCUUCAAUGUGGGAACCCUGGACCUGGACAAGAAGACGUCUCUGACGGUGUGGGACGUCGGAGGACAGAGGAGCAUGAGACCCAACUGGAGGUUCUACCUGGACUCCUGUCAGGCUCUGGUCUUCGUGGUGGACAGCAGUGAUCCUGGUCGGAUCCCAGAGGCCCAGAAGGCCCUGAAGAAGGUUCUGAGUGAUGAGAGGCUGAGAGGAGUUCCUCUGAUGGUUCUAGCCAACAAGAAGGAUCUACCCAACUCCAUGACCAUACGGGAGGUCUCCAGACAGCUGGACCUCCCGUCCUACGGGGACCGUCUGUGGGAGAUCCAGGCCUGCAGUGCUCUCCAGGGCCUGGGCCUCCAGCAGGCGUUCCUGUCGGUCCACAAACUGAUCAAGAGGAGCUGAUCACUCAUCAAUCCAUCUUUAUUGAUUAUUUAUUGUUGAAUGAAAUAAAGGUUUUACAGUUGAUCCAGA